AUGGCGGCAUUCAACACGGAACAGUGGCGAAAUUAUCUACCAAAUCAUUCAAUUUUUACCAGAACUCGUGAAAAUAUUCUGUCAGAAGCCAAUGGGAACGGGAAAAGUGUCGCCAAGAAUCUCGCUUUUUGUUUGGGUGCAGACUUUUUUAUGUGGGACGAGACCGCACGCGCCUUUCACACUACCAAUCUGCGACAGCUAAAUUUGUCACCAGAAGAUUCCACCAACAACGAUGGGAGUUAUCAGACUCUCAUGUGCAUUAAUCCUCCCUUUUUUGAGGUAAGCCAAGUGCUGCUUAGUCCAACUCGGCAUCAUGUAGCACUCAUCGGAAAGAGAGGUGUCUCCGUGCUGGAGCUUCCCCAGCGAUGGGGUAAGAAGUCGGAAUUUGAAGGUGGAAAGAGCGAAAUAAACUGCAGGACCAUCCCAGUAGCGGAGCGUUUCUUCACCAGCUCCCCUUCUGUGAGUCUACGUCAGGCAGCUUGGUUUCCCACCGAGAUUGAAGAGCUCUACUUGGCGUUGCUCAUGUCAGAUAAUACCAUCAGGUUUUACAGCCUGAGCUCGCCUCAGACGCCAACAAAAUUACUUUCACUUUCGCAGUCAGACGACGACAGUUCAGCCCAUCAGCCUGCACGCUCCUUCGCUGCAUCUCUGGGGGAGAUUGCAGUGGCGUUUGACUUCGGCCCCGCUUGCUCCGCUCAAAGAAAACUGGCAGCGCAGCGCUCCAAAGAACAGCCCCUUUACCCCCUAUAUAUCCUCUAUGAAAAUGGAGAGACCUACGUGAGCUACACGAGCCAAAGCAACGGGAUCACUUUGAGCAAGCUAGUUGGACCUCUCCCUAUGUACCCUGCUGCAGAGGACAACUACGGGUAUGAUGCCUGUGCCAUCCUGUGUAUUCCAUGUGAGCCCAGCAUCUUGAUCAUUGCCACAGAAACAGGUACUCUGUAUCAUUGUGUGGUACUGGAGUCUGAAGAAGAGGAAGAGUCUGAGAAGUGGAUUGACAGCUCAGAGACAGUGCCAGCCCUGUAUGUGUUUGAGUGUGUGGAGUUGGAGCUCACCCUUAAAGUGGCAACUGGAGAGGACGAAGAGCCCCAGGAGUUCGACUUCACUUGCCCCAUUCGUUUGCACAGAGACCCGUUGUGCCAGCACAGGUAUCACUGUACUCAUGAGGCAGGGGUGCACAGUGUGGGGCUUAUUUGGAUUAAUAAACUACAAAAGUUUAUUGGCUCAGGUGAGGAGGAUAAAGACAGCCUUCAAGAGCUGGCAGCUGAGAAGCGUUGCAUUGUGGAGCACAUCCUUUGUACUAAACCUCUCCCAACAAGUGAGUCGGCCCCAGUGCGUGGCUUUUUGAUUUUGUCAGACCUGUCUCUGGGAGCUACUAUGAUCUGCAUCACUAGCAGCUAUGAGUGCAUCCUGUUGCCUCUCCUGAGCUCAAUCCGCCCUCCCUCUCCUCCCCUGCUCUGUUCCCACCCUGGACCAGGCUUGGGAAAUUCACCUCUGCGUGCAGUUGCUGAUGAUUCCUUUGAGCAGCAUAUUCGUAACAUUUUGAUGCGCAGCUCAACCAAUCCUCUUGUUCUUAAAGCUGGAGACAAAGAAACGGCCCCUCCUCCUCAAGAGUGCCUCCAACUCCUCAGCAGAGCUACUCAAGUGUUUAGGGAGGAGUACAUCCUGAAACAGGACAUGGCUCGUGAAGAGCUGCAGAAAAGGGUGAAGCUGCUUACAGGUCAGAAGAAAAAGCAGCUAGAGGAGCUGGCUCUGUGCAGAGAGGGAAAGAAGAGUCUCACUGAGGCAGCAGAGAGGUUGGCUGACAAAUACGAGGAUGCCAAGUAUCGGCAGGAAACCAUAAUGAACCGUGUUAAAAAGGUUCUUGGUAGCCUUCAAAACCAACUGCCAAUUUUGUCAAGUAGUGAAAAGGACAUGAAAAAAGAGCUCCAGUCCAUCAGUGAUCAACUGAAAAAUCUAGAUAAUAGCAUCAAGCAGGUGAACAUGAAGAUGGAGUACCAGAAGACACAAGUUGGCAAAGACCAGGCUGCAGAGAAGACUCCAGUACAACUAAAUGCUCAGCAGAAGAAAGUUGUGCAGGAUGUUCUCAAAGACCAUGGACAGCACAUUGGAGACAUGAUGAAACAAAUCAAAGACAUUAAAAACCAUUUUAGUUUUUAAGCGCUGUUUCUGUGUUUACUGGCAUUUUUGCGAGGAGGUGUUUUUUUGUUCACAUUUCCACUUUACUUAAGUUUAAUAUAACAUUUGAAAAAAUAAAUCUUUGUUUUUGUUUUGCUAAAUAAAUGUUUUAAAUACAUAGAA